GCGCACGGUCAUCAGCACCUGUAGCUUCCCUUCUCUCACGAACAGAGGAAUCAGCACUGAAGCUUUGGUCAGGGCAGGUAGUGGACAAUUCCUCUGGAGUCAACAGGAGUUUGAACGAGUCUAAUGAAAGCAGUGAAACAACAUUUGAAGCAGAUGUGAAGACUAAAGUGAGCGUGUUCUUCUGGUUUGUCCAGGAUGCAGUCUCACCGGCUGUGUGAGGAGGAACAGCAGCACCCUCUGCUGGAACAGGUUGCUAGUCCAGCCUCACUGAGGGAAGCAACUGCUCGUGUAUGGUUCAUUCAGGAUGGCUGUGGUAUGGUCUGUGCCUUCAUCACCUGGUUCCUGGUGCUUUAUGCUGACUUUGUCGUCACCUUCGUCAUGCUACUGCCCUCUAAAAGCGUGGCAUAUGCUGUGGUCAAUGGGGUGCUGUUCAACUGCCUGGCUGUCCUGGCACUGACCUCCCACCUGCGCACAAUGCUCACAGACCCGGGAGCAGUCCCUAAGGGUAACGCUACCAAGGAGUACAUGAGCAGCUUGCAGCUAAAACCAGGAGAAGUCCUUUACAAGUGCCCGAAAUGCUGCAGCAUCAAACCACAAAGAGCGCAUCACUGCAGUAUCUGUAAGCGCUGCAUUCGAAAAAUGGACCACCACUGUCCCUGGGUGAACAACUGUGUGGGGGAGAAUAACCAGCGCUUUUUUGUUCUCUUCACUAUGUACAUAGCUGUGAUCUCCACCUAUGCUCUGGUCCUGAGUGUGCUUCAGUUUUUCACAUGUGUCAGGACUGAUUGGAGCGAAUGUAGUGAUUUUUCUCCCCCUGUGGCUGUGCUGCUGAUAAUCUUCCUCUUCUUGGAGGCUAUCCUCUUCCUCACCUUCACUGCGGUGAUGUUCAGCACACAGAUCCAGUCCAUCUGCAGUGAUGAGAUGGUGGCUGAGCGGCUGAAGGAUGAGAAGCUCAAGAAAGGCAGACGUGUGCGGUGGGAGAGCAUGAAGACUGUGUUUGGAGGGCAGCCAUCUUUAGUCUGGAUUAACCCUUUCGCUGGGCUGCGACUGAGAAAACUCAUCACCUCACAAACCCUGAGGGCUGGACCUGAAUUUUCUGUCUGACACACACACACACACACAAUGUGGGAACAAAUAUUGCUACUGAUGAGCAAAAUGCUGCUCCCACUGAGCAUAUGUGGGCUGCCUCAACAUCAAGGUUAUGAAUGCAGAGAGUCUGAAUAGCUGUUGUAUGAGUUGAGCGGGAAUUUGGAACAUAUUCAACUCAGUAGAGACCUUUACAUCAAGAACAGUUGUUUAUCCUAUAGUUUGAAGGCAGAGUUUAAGAUAUCUGCUUUUUUAUCCUAAAGACUAUUUUUUAUACUUUGUAUCAUUUUUAAUUUUGUGAAAUUAUUUAUUUACUUAGUUUGUUAAUUUUGCAUUUAAUCAUUUGGUGUUGUGCUUUAUGUUAUGUCUUAAUUAAUAGGCAUCAGGGUGAUCAAAAGGUAUCAGAUGUUUGGUUUAUGUUAUAUACUGUGGUUUUAAUUUUAUUUUUAACACAUUUUUUUUAAAGAAUGCUUUUCAAAUUCUCCAUUGCGCACUGUUCCUAAGAGUUUAUAUCACCCGUGUGGUCAAAUUGUACUACCUCUUAAAUCCACAUUGUGCUAAAUGUCUUGCUAUACUUACAUAUUUCACUCCCAAAAACCAAGACUUACUGACCCUUCAUUGUUUCAUCACAGUGUUAAUUGCCUUAAAUGACGUCUCCGACAAUUUUGUCAUUUUACACAAUCAACCUGUUUAUGUACAGACUGACACUGGUGCAAAAUCAGUAAGAACUCUACUGUGGAGCUAUAAUGAGUAUUUUUUAAUUUAUGAGUCUUUACAACUAUUCAGAUUGUGCACAUUUUACAGCUCAAAGCCUCUCAGGAUUAUUGCCAUAACUGACUUUUACUACUGAUAUAUUUGUAUAUUCAGUUUGUAAUUUGGAUUAGUGCUCUAAUUUGAAUUUGAUCAUUAGACAUUGUCUGAAUUAACUGCCAGGCUGCUAGUGUGGUAAAUGGAAAGCACUCAUUGUACCAUCCAGUGUAUUUUUCUUUUUUACUGUGUUGCAGUGUCACACA